CAUCAUCAUCAUCAUCCCCAUCCAUCCCUUCCCAACACGAUUGCUUUUUCUUCCCCACCUACACCUAGCCAAUCCACCCGUGGCUUCUCAUCACCAUUAGGCUGCACUGCAACCAUCGGCCAUCCAUUCCAGCCCGCUCCCCUCUCGUAUCUCCUCUCCCAAUCCUCUCGGCGCCAUGGACAUUAGGCUGCUGGUAUCCGCGGACGCCACCCUCGCCGCCGCCCGCUCCCGCCCUUCCACGUCCGCGCUCCAGCGCCAGAUUGUCGUCCCGGGCCGCCGCCGGGCGUCGUGCAGGUCCGUCCGCGCGCGCUCCGCCGCAGCUGCCGCGCCAGCCGCGGGAGGCAUCUCCGGGCAUAGCAAUGGAGUGUACACGGUUGGUGACUUCAUGACAGGAAGGGACAAUCUCCAUGUUGUCCAACCUUCUACACCGGUUGACCAAGCCCUGGAGCUGCUGGUACAGCACAAGAUCUCUGGCUUACCUGUGGUUGACGAUGAUGGGAAGUUGGUUGGGGUUGUAUCAGAUUAUGAUCUGCUAGCUUUGGAUUCGAUUUCAGGAAAUGAAUUGCCCGAUACAAAUACAAACAUGUUUCCUGAUGUGGAUAGUACAUGGAAGACUUUCCACGAGAUACAGAGACUAUUAAGCAAAACUAAUGGGAAGGUCAUUGGUGAUGUAAUGACGUCUUCACCUUUAGCGGUGCGUCAAAAUACUAAUCUUGAUGCUGCUACAAGGUUGCUGCUUGAAACUAAAUACCGGAGAUUACCUGUAGUUGAUAGCAUGGGGAAACUAGUUGGGAUGAUUACAAGGGGAAACGUCGUCAGCGCUGCCCUCAAAAUAAAGAAGAAAACUGAAGAAGGUGCUUGAACUAGAUUGCUCGUCACUGCUUGGGGUUAAUCUUGCAGCCAUUUGGCAUUUGAUUCAUUGAGGCAUCUAUUGGUGAUGUUCAGAGUGUAGCUACAGAUUUUCCUUCUGAAUAUAUAGGUACUAUACUAGUUUAUAGCAUUGUGUAGGUUCAUAUUCACUGUUUCUCAUCGUAUCCAUAUGAACUUUCUUUGUUGAUUUACAUAGUGGAAUCAAGAGCUUGUGAUAUGAUGAAAACCUCGAAUUGAUCGAAUCAAA